CUAACCGGGGCGCAGAGCGGGGCACCAACCAGCUCUCAGACAGGAGAUGCCCUGGGAAGGCUCUUGCUUCGAUCUACUCUCCAGACCACACGAACAACAGUUUCUCGUCCAACCCGUCGACCCCUGUCGGCUCUCCCCCCUCACUCACAGCUGCUAGUUCUGCUAUGUGGUCCAGGAACGGAGGACAAGGUCCUUCCUCCCCCAACUAUGAGGCUCCUCUACACUCUCUGCAGAGUCGUAUCGAGGACCGCCUGGAGCGCCUGGACGAUGCCAUCCACGUCCUGCGGAGUCACGCGGUCGGCCCCUCCACGGGCGUGCCCGGCGGGCACCAAGACAUGCACAGCCUCAUCGGAGCAGCACACAACGGGGCCAUGGGAGGACUGGGCACUGGGUACGGCACGGGACUCCUCUCUGCCAACCGACACUCAAUCAUGGUAGGAACCGUCUUCUACAACUGAA